CAGCAGUGGUUUUUUUUUUUUGGUUGGAGGGUCCUCAGAAGACAUGACGUGGUGAAUUCUCACAAAUGUGCUAGGUGAUCAGGGUGUGACUUCAACAGAUUCCCGGGGUCUGAUGUGUGCCUGGGUGCCUCUGCACACACCCUGCUUGCCUUCACUCCUGCAUGUAUGGCCCAGACACCUCCUGUUGCUAAGAUGCACCCUCAGUGGAGUCAAAACAGGAUGUUUGGUUUCUGUUGCAUCAAUACUGGAUAGUAACACUGUCCAAAGAUCUAAGAGUGGAAGUGAAAGAAAUGCCCAGCAAAACCCGCCCAUGACAGCAGGGAAAUUCCACACACUGGGGCUCUAGCCACCUGGAGAAACCAGCUCUGUGGUGAACUCUAGCAGUGCAGCUGUCCUGCUAGGCCCCUGGAGCACCUGCAGAAGACGACCCUUCUCAUGAGCCCUGGGCUAGUGUAAUGUCGUGAUGCAGAUAUCAACACCAACCUGAUCAUAAUCUAAAGGUCAGCAGAUGAAGAAGCUGAAGCAUAGAAAGAAGUUAAGUAACUUGACUAGGAUAAACCACUGGUAAGUGCCAGAAGCAGUGGUUAAUUUCUACGUGCUGUGAAGAUGGAGAUGGUAGUGUUUUCCUCGCCACAGGUGCUGGCAAACCCAAGAUCAGUAAGCCAGACAGCAGGACGCUGGCUCACAGGCUUUGAAGACCAACAAAUCCCAAGAUCAGGAGGGAAGAUGGCAGGCCGCCAUUGUGAAGUCCACCAGAUGAUUGGGAACUAUAUGUGGGACCCCAGCACCAACAAGUCAUUUGACAUUGGGGUCAACAGAGACAGCCUGAUGCCUAUCUGGUGGAAUGGAUCAGAACCUCUGUGGGUAACUCUGACCAAGGCCAAGAGGAAGGUCUACAUGUACUACUGGCCAGGCUGUGAGGUUGAAAUUCUUGGUGUCAGACCAACUUACUGCCUAGAAUAUAAGAAUGUCCCAACAGAUAUCAACUUUGCCAAUGCAGUCAACGAUGCUCUUGACUCAUUCAAGAGUGGCCGGGCUGACCUGGCAGCCAUAUACCAUGAGCGCAUCGAUGUGGAAGGCCACCAUUAUGGCCCUUUGUCACCCCAGAGAAAAGACGCCCUCAAGGCUGUGGACACCGUCCUGAAAUACAUGACCAAGUGGAUCCAGGAGAGGGGGCUGCAGGACGACCUGAAUGUCAUCAUUUUCUCAGAUCAUGGGAUGACCGAUAUCUUCUGGAUGGACAAAGUGAUUGAGCUGAAUAAGUACAUCAACGUGAAUGACCUGCAGCAAAUGAAGGACCGAGGACCCGUUGUGAGCCUGUGGCCAGCCCCUGGGAAGCACUCUGAGGUAUACAAGACAUUGAGAACAGUAGAACACAUGACUGUCUACGAGAAAGAAGCCAUACCAAGCAGGUUCUUCUACAAGAAAGGGAAAUUUGUCUCUCCUUUGACCUUAGUGGCUGACGAAGGAUGGUUCAUAACGGAGAAUCGAGAGAUGCUUCCAUUUUGGAUGAACAGCACUGGGAAGAGGGAAGGCUGGCAGCGUGGAUGGCAUGGCUAUGACAACGAGCUCAUGGACAUGAGGGGCAUUUUCUUGGCCUUUGGACCUGGUAGAUUUCAAAUCCAACUUCAGAGCUGCUCCCAUCAGAUCAGUGGAUGUCUACAACAUCAUGUGCAACGUGACAGGCAUCACCCCACUGCCCAACAACGGGUCCUGGUCCCGCGUGAUGUGCAUGCUGAAGGACCAGGACAGCUCAGCACCGUCUGUCCAGCUGAGCAGCUGGACAGUGGCCUUGACUCUCCUCUUCCUGUUUGCAUAACUAACCUUAUUGCUUGUCGCAAGACACUGUCAGCAACUGUGCCUCCAAAGUGGAAUUUUUUUUUUCUGUUUGAAUAAUAGUUUCACUAACACAAUCAAGGCCAUGAAAAUUGUAAACAUUAUUCCUGGGUAAUUCUGUACCUAAAAUCCCUUUUUUUUUUUAAUUUUUAUUGAGCUUCAAGUGAACGUUUACAAAUCAAGUCAGUCUGUCACAUAUAAGUUUAUAUACACCUUACUCCAUACUCCCACUUUCUCUCCCCCGAAUGAGUCAGCCCUUCCAGUCUGUCCUUUCGUGACAAUUUUGCCAGCUUCCAACCCUCUCUACCCUCCCAUCCCCGCUCCAGACAGGAGAUGCCAACACAGUCUCAAGUGUCCACCUGAUACAUGUAGCUCACUCUUCAUCAGCAUCUCUCUCCUACCCAUCGUCCAGUCCCUUCCAUGUCUGAUGAGUUAUCUUGGGAUAUGGUUCCUGUCCUGGGCCAACAGAAGGUUUGGGGACCAUGACUGCCAGGAUUCCUCUAGUCUCAGUUAGACCAUUAAGUAUGGUCUUUUUAUGAGAAUUUGGGGUCUGCAUCCCACUAUUCUCCUGCUCCCUCAGGGGUUCUCUGUUGUGCUCCCUGUCAGGGCAGUCAUCAGUUGUGGCUGGGCACCAUCUACUUCUUCUGGUCUCAGGAUGAUGUAAGUCUCUGGUUCAUGUGGCCCUUUCUGUCUCUUGGGCUCAUAGUUAUUGUGUGACCUUGUUGUUCUUCAUUCUCCUUUGAUCCAGGUGGGUUGAGACCAAUUGAUGCAUCUUAGAUGGCCGCUUGUUAGCAUUUAAGACCCCAGACGCCACAUUUCAAAGUGGGAUGCAGAAUGUUUUCAUAAUAGAAUUAUUUUGCCAAUUGACUUAGAAGUCCCCUUAAACCAUGGUCCCCAAACCCCCGCCCUUGCUCCGCUGACCUUCGAGGCAUUCAGUUUAUCCCGGAAACUUCUUUGCUUUUGGUCCAGUCCAGUUCAGCUGACCUUCCAUGCAUUGAGUAUUGUCCUUCCCUUCACCUAAAGUAGUUCUUAUCUACUAACUAACCAGUAAAUAACCCUCUCCCACCCUCUCUCCCUCCCCUCCUUUGUUCUUUUUUAAGGUAAAAAAAAUCUCAACUUUUCUUCAUUUGUUCAACUAUAUUUAAUUUUCAUCUUCCUUUUUUAAUAUAAAAAACCAGUUGCCAUCAAGUCUAUUCCGACUCAUAGCAACCCUACAGAACAGAGUAGAGCUGCCCCCAUAGGGUUUCCAAGGAGCAGCUUGUAGAUUCAAACUGCUGUCCUUUUUGGUUAGCAGGCGAACUCUUAACCACUGCACCACCAGGGCUCCCCUUUUAAUACAGUUACCCAGAAUGAAAUGCUGUCUGAGCAAGGGCUCGCCCCUGUAGCAAACAGACUUUGAGCAGAUAGUACAUAGUCAUCCUGGGCCCCUGCCUGCCCUGCACAAAGCAGCCCUCAGGUCAAGCCCUCCUCUGUGCCCUGACUACCCCGGAGCCAUCUUCAGGUCUGUGGCCACAAUCCUGUGGGUGCCUUCCAUCCCAGAAAAGAGGAGGUCUACAGAGAGGAAUUGCUGCUCCCUGUUUCCUACACAGCUUGUGAAGGUUUUUAAUCUUAUACUAAGACCCAGAAAGGGCGUCUCUCAGCUUGGAUCACCAAUCAACCAAGCUCACAAAGGAUUUGAGAACUCCUAGAACAAGAUGGAGGCCUGGUGGUACAGUGGUUAAGAGCUCUGGCUACCAAAAGGUAGGCAGCUCAAAUCCACUAGCUGCUCCUUGGAGAUCCUGUGAGGAGACAUGAGUUUCCCUGAAGUCUGAGAGGGCAAAAAUUUCUCCCUUGCCUUGAGGAGCAGAAAAGCUUUAAGUUUUUGAUAGAUAUGAGCUUCUGUGAGAAUGAUCAGGGUAUCAUGGCAUGAAGCCUUGCACAUAAUUGGCUUGAAUGUUACUGAAAAAUUGAGGUAUUGCCUGCCCCUGUAUGGAGGCUUCCUCGGAGAUUGCCGCCCUUCGGAGCCAGAUUCAGAGUAUAGACUAUAGCUGCUGUUUUCUUCGCUUCUGUGGAGGCAGCCCGGACUCACGGCGACCCUAUGCACAAUGGAACAAAAUGCUGCCCAGUCCUGAGCCAUCCCCAUGAUCGCUUGUGAAUUGGAUUGCUCUGUUCUAUAGGGUUUUCGUUGGCCAAUUUUCAGCAGUAGGUAGUCAGGCCUUUCUUCCUAGUAUGUCUUAGUCUGGAAGCUCAGUUGAUACCUAUUCAGCAUCAUAGCAACACACAAGCCUCUGCUGACAGAUGGGCAGUGGCUGUGCAUGAGGUACAUUGGCUAGGAAUUGAACCUAGGUCUCUGCACAAGAAUUCUUCUACUGAACCAUGUGUGUCCUCAGACUAGAGUGAUAUCUGACAUAUCAUUACAUGCUGGGAAAGGGAUGUCAUACUGAUGAGAGUAUGGCCAUAUUACCAGAAAUCUCUGUUCAUUGCUUGGAAUGAUGGUGCAUUAAGCAUAAAUUUCAUACACCAGUAAUCCUGAAACAAUACUUCAUCAAAGCAAGUCCCUGAGUGAUCCAGAAUUCCAAAGAAGAUGGGGGAAGGGAUGGAGAGAAGAGGGCACAGUGAGGCCAAAGCCCAGUCACUGACAAGCUAGUCGUUUUGAUUAGGAAAUCAGCUUGGUCAAUGUGUCGCCUCAGAGAUCUAGUUCUUUAGAAACCAGUGAGAAAUGCCGCUGAGUCUGAGUUAAAAUAUUUUCAUUUAGUCAUCUAAGUUUGCUGCAGGAGAUCUUGUUGUGAAACAGAGACAACUGCACUUUAAAUGUUAGGAGUCAUGUGUACAUGGACCAUGUUCCUGUCUUAGUGCAUGGAAAAUGAGUUUGUACUAAAUAAAGCGUAUCUGCCAGUGGGACUUUUGUCAGAAGACAACACAUGAGGUCACCUCAGGAAGAUGGAGCCCUUAUAAGGUGUUUACCUUGAAAAACGAAUAUCAACCCUCACCCUAAUUCACGAGGGCUAAGAAUCACAAGGGCAAAGGAUCACUGCUUAAAAAAAUCAAAACUUGUCUUCACAAAGAUGCUUGUAACAGUACCGAGGAUUUAUGCAGUGCAUUUUUUAAGCUCCAGCAAACCAUUGAAUCAAUUGGAAAGAAAGCAAAUCAGCCUUUGUUAUCUGGCUGAAGGAAAUUAGUACUUCCAGAGCAUCGAGCAGUGGUUGUUGCAACAGGCAUUUAUUGUUCAAAGCUUUCUCUCUCCCUAAAGGACAGUGUUCUAGUGCAUUCAAUAGGGCCCAUUUUCCUCCUCCCAUGUGAAGGAAGGAUCCCUACAAAGACAACCAAGUGAUUAAAUUAAAAGUGGUUCAGCAAAAUUAAGAGGGGUCUCAACACACACAGCUUCUUGCAUUUGUCCUUCCUGCUCUGUUCUUCCAUUCUUCUCCCUCAAUCAGCCUUAAAAUUCUACCUACAUAAUAAAAGUUCAGAUAUCUGUUUGACAAAGUAUAGUAACUCAAUAAAUAAUUGCUGAAUAAAUGAAUGGGAACAAGAUGCAAAUGUAUCAUGAAUGCUGGUAAAUAUUUUGGACACUGAAAAAAAACUUUUUUUGCCUAAAAUAAUGCAUACAUUUUAAUGGCUAAAUUAUCUGGCAAAUUUUUUUUCCUUUGAUUAUUUUUUCAAAGUUACAUUAUUUUCCAAGGGAAAAUUUCACUUUCUCUAAAUGUAUUUGUUCCAUAGGAGUGAAAUCUUCUGGGAAUAUGUGCAAACACCUUUUCUUCUGGAUUAUUCUACCUCUUCAUUGAAAAUUUCAGUAGGAAGAUAAUUGGAUUGAGCUGCAAACACUUCGGGAAAAUAAAAGGAAUUACCCUUAUAUUAAAGAUGAGUAGCUAAUUUCCCUGCCCAUACGCCUAAUCUCCAGAAUCCAAUUCAAUUCUGAAAGCAUAAACUAGAACCAGUACCUAGUUGCCCUUGAGUCAGCGUCGACUCAUUGCAACCCCAUGUGUAUCAGAGCAGAACUGUGCUCCACAGGGUUUUCAGUGGCUGACUUGAUCACUAGGGCUUUCUCCCAAAGCAUCUCCUGGCAGACUCAAACUGCCAGCCUUUCAGUUAGCAGUGAAGUGCUUAAUCAUUCGUGCCACCCAAGAAGCCUUGAACUAGAACUAGAACAAACCCAGGGAAUUCCUUCUGGCCUGGAAGAGUCCUGAAUUAUAAAGUCCCAGCAAUCUGUUCUUUUCCAGGGAUCUUAGGCAUCCAAAUCAGAUCUGAGUUCAGUCAUGGCAGCAGUUUGCAAAUUUUCUGGUGUUUUAAGAAUAAUCUGGCCCCACAGAUGAUUCAGAGGACCUGGGUUGGGGCCUCAGACAAUAAUUCUGUUACACUGAUCUGAGGCUUGUGGUUGCUCCAGGGAGAGAUGAGUUCCGAUUUGAUCCUGGCAGACCUGAGUCUCCUGAGAGCAAUUUCAUAAUUGGUCAGUUUUUCCAGGAGCCAUUAGGCUGACAUCAGCUGCUGACCCCAGUUGGGUCAAGCUUCCCCCCCUUCUUAAACUAAAGUAGCUCUGUUAGCCCCAGUGGAGAGGGAGGAACCACAAAGACAAACUUGGCUUCUCUACACCCACUACUUUUGGAUCUAUUAUUCUCAAUGGUGCUGUCAGACAAACCCCAAGGUUGUUCAAGAGAUGCAGCUAUUUUAUGAACUUUCUAAGGCAGUAUUUUCAUUUCUGUAAAUAUCAAGAGAUUUCCAAAUGUGAUUGUGUAUUUAAUCUUUUCAAACAAUUUGUGAUAGACCAAAGUGAGCUACUGUGAAAGAGUGAUGGUGGCCUUGGGAGACUGAUUAUAAAACAACCUUUGAAACCUGGUCUCAGGUAUGUGCUAUGGGAAAUACAUGUUGCUUUGAAAUAUGAAAUAACACCUAGUACAGUGCCUAAAACAUUUAAUAAAUAUCCCAGAAAUACGUGUUGAAUAAAAGGAAAAAUAAAUGUCAUUAAGGAGACUUGCUUAAACCUCAGAAGUUCUUUCUGUCUGUAGUUCCUCAAAUUAAAUGAAUUUUCCACUUUUGGCUUGCUAUCUUUCCUUAUCAUCCCAGUGCAAUAU